GAGCUAGUACACCGCUCCGGAUUAAAAAUGGGCAAUGCGGAUUUUCUAAGUCGUUGUCCACUGUCAGCAGCAUCGGACGCUGUUAGCACCGACGAUGUGCUUAUGAUCGAAUUAGCAGCAACGCCAAUCAUAAGUGCUGAGGCGAUUGCCGCUCAAACAUCGAAGGACCCCUUAUUGGCGAAAGUAUCAAACUGGGUGUUAAGGGGAUGGCCUGACAUGAAAUUGGAGCAAUCAGAUAUAGCAUAUCCAUACUAUUGCCGUCGGGAACAGCUCUCUACAAAUAAAGGAGUUUUGAUUUGGGGAAAUCGCGCCGUAGUUCCACCGAAAUCCAGAGCAACAAUUUUAGCUGCUCUACAUGCUGCUCAUCCAGGCAUUGUAAAAAUGAAGGCGUUAGCGCGUAGCUAUGUUUGGUGGCCAAACAUUGACGCUGAGAUUGAGCUUAUUGUUAAGAAAUGUAUUCCAUGCCAGCAGAAUCGUAACGAUCAUUCAGAGGCACCGGUGCAUCAUUGGGAGUCAGCCAAGCGGCCGUGGUCCCGUCUACACAUCGACUUUGCAGGACCUUUUCAAGGAAAAACCUUUCUUCUGGUCGUGGAUUCUUACUCAAAAUGGCUAGAGGUUGCGGUUGUUAGCUACACUUCUACAGCGGCUACAAUCAAAGUUCUCAGGCAACUGUUUGCUACGCAUGGGUUACCAGAUCAGUUAGUGUCAGACAAUGGCACAGCAUUUACCUCCGAAGAGUUCAAGGCAUUCCUCCACAAUAAUCUAAUUCGACACAUUACAUCAGCACCGUUUCACCCAGCAACAAACGGCCAAGCAGAGAUUACAGGAACUGUUUAUACGUUUUGA